AAUGGCGGACGUCCUAACCCGUUGGUGGUUACACAGAGAAAGCUGAGGAUAAAUAGCUUAAUCCGUGUUAGAUCGACGAACACUUGGACUUGUGUCCGAACAUAGGAUUUUUGCGCAGGGCUGCGUGAACAUUUUAAAGAGAGAAGCGCAGAAGAUGUCGAUAAUGGAAGGGACUUUGUGGAAAUGGACGAACUAUCUAAGUGGUUGGCAGCCCAGGUGGUUUGUCCUAGAAGUUGGAGUGUUGGCGUAUUACAAAUCUCAGGAAGAGGUUGGGCUUGGAAGCAGAGGAUCAGUGAAAAUGGCUUGUUGUGAAAUUUCAGUACAUCCUACAGAUGCUGUUCGAAUUGACCUGAAGAUUCCCCCGGACCAAUACAUUUACCUUAGGGCUGCCACACCAGCUGAACGACAACAGUGGUUAGUUGCAUUGGGAACAGCCAAAGCAUGUUUGACAACAAUGAAACAUAAUGGCCACUCAGAAGUUCCUGGAGAAUCCAUGAGCCAGUUAAAGGAGAAGAUGCAAGAGCUGAACAUGUAUCGUAGUUUAUUACUGCAACAAAUCAGCACCAUUAAGAUGCUCUGCAGCAAUAAAGAGGACAACCAGGAAUUUGGAGAAGCGGCAACCAUGCUAUCUGCAACUUGCGAUGAAUUUCUCAAAAACAUUUGUGACUGUAUGGAUUUAGCAGAAAGUAACUUUGGGAGCUCCUCAUCUUCACCAUCUUCACCAUCAACUUCCAUGAAUAAGACUUUGAGAUCAACAAAGCACAGUACUUUUCAAAAACAAUUACUCCAUGAUGGUCAUAGGUCUUCAUCCCCUCCACCAUCGCCAACUCCAAGUGUUGCCAGUUCAUUUAGUUCUACUUACAAUGGACCACCAAGCGUCACAACCGUAAGCGACCAAUCAGUUCACAGCGAUAGAAUGACGUCAUCAGUUACCAAGCAGCUCACGACCCAGACUCCUAACCAAGUCGUUGGGAACCGUUCUUCAACAAAUUCCUCUGAGCAUAAUGAUCGCAGGCAUGUGCAAGCUAGCGGAGUGUCGGCCAACCCCACCCUCAAUCAUCACAAGGCGAAGUAUAUUGAAUUGUCUCGGAAUUCCCUCGAUUCACAGUCGUCGACUUCAAAUUCAGAGGAAGUUAAGGAGGAACCUUUAACAUUCUUCACUAGUGUGCAAUUUAGAUUUGAGAACAUUCAGUUAGGACCAGACAAUGGUAUUCCCACUAAACUUUUUCUUUCGUCCUGUUCGUGUAUCCUACCGUUUCUCGAUGUUCUUGGAUCAACUGCAUUUGCUCCUGUUAAACUGGAUAUCAGUGGGAAUAUAAAAAAACUCGAAGCUAAACACGAUACGGAUCCGAAAGCGUUUGUCACGCUGCAAAAUAUUGUUUACCAAGAACUCAAAAGCAACACGUGUACGGUGAAAAACUCAGCCACGGACGCGUUACUAUGGUUGAAAAGAGCUUUAGAGUUUAUGCAAGUGUUUCUCGCUGAAGUUGUUCGAGGAGAAAAAGAUCUCGCUGUAGCGGCAGGUACGGCUUACGGCAAGACGCUCAGAAGAUAUCAUGGUUGGGUCGUUAGAGGGGUUUUCGCUUUGGCAGUUAAAGCAGUGCCAUACAGAUCGGAUUUUCUUACAGCUCUUGCGACCACUGAAAAGGGCUUGGCCACUCACAAGGAUGUCAUACGGGACAUGAAGAUGUGCGUUGAGGGACUGAGUCGAUUUACGAACAUUAUAAACCAGUUAUACCGGAAGCACAAACUCGAUUCGGAGGAGACCGUGUAACGACGUCACGCUUCAUUUCGGCGGAACCGUUCGUGACAUUGUCACGCUUUUCCGCCCUGUUCACGCACACAUACGAGGCUUUUGUCCUCGUUCUUAUGUAGUUAAUCACAUAGCUAGCUCAAAAUUUAUUUUAAUAAGAACUAUUAUUAACUAAGUAACAUAAAUAUUUAAGAACGACAGUCAGUAUAUAUAGAGUUAACUUUAGAUCUCGUUGCUAAAAGAAUGAAUAGAGUCAGGAACCCAUUACUUAAUGGGCUCCUGAUAAAGUAGUGUUCAGAGGACUCCCCCUCUACCGCUGUGAACUGGGUUCCAUUUCCAAAGGUGGCAUGAAAUGUGUGUUGAGAUUUUUGCUAGUUUUCGUUGUUGUGGUGAGGAUUUUUCUUUGGAAGCUGUGGUUUUCCUCCUUCUCAAAGCACCAACACUACAAAUUUCAGUUCGACUUAAUUCGUUAUCAGACUUUCCCUGGUUCUUCCCAAGCUGUUAUUGUUCCACGCAGAGUCUUCAAGCUCAGUGGAAGUUUCUAUUAGCCUUAUCACUCUCAAGAACUCAUCAGAAAAUCUCCUACUGUCUGCCAUACAAUUCCCAUGAUGUUAGCAGUUAGAAUUUGGUAUUGGGUCAAUUGAUAAUCCCCUUAAUGAUAUUUUUCUUUAUUCUCAUCACUUACCUGCUUGAUAUUAGAUGGAAGUUGUGAGGAGCUUUGUGUAUAGAGCAUUUGACCGUAAAUAUAAUCAUUUUUCUUCGUUCGUGACAAAAUGUUUUUCUUUAACAGGCUGGAGUAAUUGUUCAAAAUCUCUUUUUUUUUCUAGUUUUUACUGACUGUCGCUCGUAAUAUAUUGAAAAAAAUCAAGAUUUACCCAGAUACUAUAAAUCACAUUAGGUAAUUUAAAUACUGUUGUAAAUUUAAUUUCUUUUCAAUCGCCCAAUAGUUCAAUUUGACAAAAACGGUAAUCACACAAUUACCCUUGCCAUUUUAAAUACUAGUGUAACAGGUAGUUGGCAAAUUAUAGAUCUGAUUGGCUACACGAUGUCUUUAUUGAUUGGUGCCAGUCUCAAACCGCGCACGAUCAGUGAAAAAGAGAGCAAAGUUGCAAUUUCCUCGUCCCCUGAUCUUAUGAUCAUAUUAUGGCAUGAGAAGUGGCUUCUAAGAAACCCUAGGGGUCUGGGAACGAGAAUGGCCGACCCAGCAUGAUAUCUCCCGGAAUCAUGAUAUUUACUCAAAACUACAAUUGAAUCUAGCAAAACAGGAACGCUAUUAAUUUUAUUGUAGGGAAGUUUUAUAAAAAAGCAUUCAGGGAAAUUUAUCGUUCAAACUAACUGGACUUAAGUAAAUCAAAAAAUUAAAACGCUAUCAGAUGGUAACGGUUC